CGUGCCAGUGCCUUCUUUCAUUCUUCUCUGUGUGUUGACACCCUUCUCACCUCUUCCUCUCUCUCUCAUCAAUCCCUCUCUCUCUAGAAACCAACUUCGCUGUUCCGCAUAAUGUCGGGGAAAAAGAGGAGGAAGUUGAAAUCGUUAAGUGAUGCAAUUGCUGACAGCAGAAGAUCAGGAACAGAGGUUAAAAAUGAAAAUUUGGAGCUGCAAUCAUGGUCUGAUCUCCCUGCUGAACUCUUAGAGUUAGUCAUGACCCGCUUAGCCCUAGAUGAUAAUGUCCGUGCUUCUGUUGUUUGCAAGAGGUGGCAUUCUGUUGCCACUGCUGUGCGUGUGGUAAACCAAUCGCCGUGGCUAAUGUAUUUUCCAAAAUAUGGUGACUUGUAUGAAUUCUAUGAUCCUGUGCAGCGUAAGACCUAUUCACUUCAGAUGCCAGAGUUGAGUGGAUCAAGAGUUUGUUAUACAAAAGAUGGUUGGUUACUUCUUUACCGUCCCCGAACUCACCGAGUUUUCUUCUUUAAUCCCUUUACUCGGGAUAUUAUCAAACUGCCAAGAUUUGAGAUGACAUACCAGAUAGUUGCCUUCUCUUGUGCUCCAACGUCACCUAACUGUGUUCUGUUUACUGUUAAGCAUGUUAGUCCUACUGUUGUGGCUAUUAGCACAUGUUACCCGGGGGCAACAGAAUGGACCACCGUUAAUUUCCAAAACCGCUUGCCUUUUGUCAGUAGCAUAUGGAAUAAGCUUGUCUUUUGCAAUGGACACUUUUAUUGUCUGAGUCUCACAGGUUGGUUAGGCGUGUUUGACCCAUCUGAACGUACUUGGAGUGUUCUGUCAGUACCUCCACCCAAGUGCCCAGAGAACUUUUUUGCCAAAAAUUGGUGGAAGGGGAAAUUUAUGACAGAACAUGAGGGAGAUGUUAUAGUAAUAUACACAUGUUCUAGUGAAAACCCCAUUAUUUUUAAGUUAGAUCAGACAUUAAUGGAAUGGGAAGAGAUGAGGACACUAGAUGGAGCAACUCUUUUUGCUAGUUUCUUAUCUUCUCAUUCAAGGACUGAGCUCCCUGGAAUGAUGAGGAACAGUGUCUACUUCUCUAAAGUUCGUUUUUACGGGAAGCGCUGCAUAUCAUUCUCCCUUGAUGACUUUCGAUACUAUCCUCGUAAGCAGUGGCAUGACUGGGGAGAACAAGACCCUUAUGAAAACAUAUGGGUUGAACCACCAAAGGACUUCCCUGGUUUCACCUGAAGAAUUUUGGUGAAACAAAUAAGCAUUUCCAAACCAGUAAUGUGUAGAGUUUUGGAGUUGUAGCUAUCACUCUUUGGGCAGUAGCAGUUCGUUAGUAAAGUUCAUUCUCAGAAGCAUGCCAAAGGCGGCAUCUCUACAGACUGUAUAUAGGAGGCUAUAUGUGUGAAGGAAUCAGAUCUGUUGGGGUAAGCUAAAGACUUACCCCCUUAAUUAUGUUGUCUCUGCUGAACUAGAAAUUUCAAUAAUUUUAUCAGUACAAUAGAUGUAGUGCUUAUGCAAAACAACUGGGAUUCAUACUAGGUUUACCUAAAUAUUUAUUGACAUUUAUUUUGGGCGUAUGAUCUAUAGAUAUAUUAUCUGGAUUGUUAUUCA